GACAAAUUCCUUCGACAUCCCACAAAACCAAACCAAACCAACGACACUAGCAACCGGUGAUAGCUCCUCCCUCCGUCCUUGACCAUUCCCUAUCUUUCCCUUUUCGUCCCAAGAUUUACAGCAAAAAUCGCACCUUUCCCCAUCAUCUCCCCUCCGAAGAAUCGCCCACGUACGAACCAGACCCAGGAACCUUCCCUUCUCAACCCUCGCGAUCCAUUGUCGAUUUCAGAGGUUACCCAUCACACCCUUUUCCUUUCCUUGGCCUUAUCCGGUGGCAAUUAUGGAGCUCCCGAGAUCGGGGAGGAGGCCGCAGCCCUCGUCCGGGUUCUUGCUAGGGUUCCUGCUGCUGUCGCUGGUGCCCCUGUCGGCGGCGAGGUUCGUGGUGGAGAAGAACAGCUUGGCCGUGACGUCGCCGGACAAGAUCAAGGGCACGUACGACAGCGCGAUCGGCAACUUCGGGAUCCCCCAGUACGGGGGCAGCAUGGCCGGUGCCGUCGCGUACCCGAAGGAUAACCGGAAGGGUUGCAAGGAGUUCGACGAGUUCGGCAUUUCGUUCAAGUCCAAGCCCGGCAUGCUCCCCACGUUCGUCUUGGUCGAUCGCGGAGAUUGCUUCUUCGCUUUAAAGGUUUGGAAUGCCCAGAAAGCUGGUGCUUCUGCAGUACUUGUUGCAGAUGACAUCGAGGAACCAUUAAUAACUAUGGAUACUCCUGGAGAGGAUGGUUCGACUGCAAAAUACAUUGAAAAUAUUACUAUACCUUCUGCACUUAUUGAGAAAAAAUUUGCUGAAACAUUAAAGAAAGCAAUAAGUGGUGAAGAUAUGGUCAAUGUGAAUCUUGAUUGGAGAGAAGCUGUUCCCCACCCUGAUGAUCGUGUUGAAUAUGAGUUAUGGACCAACAGCAAUGAUGAAUGUGGAGUUAAAUGCGACAUGUUGAUGGAGUUUGUGAAGGAUUUUAAGGGUGCGGCACAGAUACUUGAAAAGGGCGGAUACACUCAGUUCACCCCCCAUUAUAUUACUUGGUAUUGCCCUCAGGCAUUUACCUUAAGCAAGCAGUGUAAAUCCCAAUGCAUAAAUCAUGGGAGAUAUUGCGCUCCUGAUCCUGAGCAGGAUUUCAGCUCUGGUUAUGAUGGGAAGGACGUUGUGCUUGAAAACUUAAGGCAACUAUGCUUGUUCCGAGUGGCUAAUGAAACUAAAAAGCCUUGGGUGUGGUGGGACUAUGUUACUGAUUUUCAGAUUAGAUGUCCCAUGAAGGAGAAGAAGUACAACCAGGAAUGUGCCGACAGCGUUAUUAGAUCUCUUGGCCUUGACCUAAAAAAGAUUGAGAAAUGCAUGGGAGACCCAAAUGCUGAUUCUGAUAAUCCUGUUUUAAAGGAAGAGCAAAAUGCCCAAGUUGGAAAAGGAUCUAGAGGGGAUGUUACCAUCUUGCCAACUCUUGUUGUCAAUAAUAGACAAUAUCGAGGUAAGUUAGCGAAAGGUGCUGUUUUGAAGGCAAUUUGUGCUGGUUUUGAGGAAACAACCGAGCCUGCUGUCUGUCUAAGUGGUGAUGUGGAGACAAAUGAGUGCUUGGAUAAUAGUGGUGGCUGCUGGCAGGACAAAACAGCUAACAUCACUGCCUGCAAGGAUACAUUUCGUGGGAGGGUGUGUGAGUGCCCCUUGGUUGCUGGUGUGCAAUUCAAAGGAGAUGGCUACACCACCUGUGAAGCAAGUGGGCCUGGGAGGUGCAAGAUUAACAAUGGAGGUUGUUGGCAUGAUCCUCGGAAUGGGUCGUACUCUGCUUGUUUGGAUUUCGGGAACAGCAAAUGCCAGUGUCCUCCUGGGUUUAAAGGGGAUGGUGUCAAAACUUGUGAUGAUAUUGAUGAAUGCAAAGAGAAGAAAGCCUGUCAAUGCCCUGAAUGUAGCUGCAAGAAUACCUGGGGAAGUUAUGAGUGCACAUGUAGUGGAGAUCUUCUGUACAUUAGGGAUCACGACACCUGCAUAAGUAAGAGCAGUGCAGAGACAAAAUCUGCCUGGGCUGCUGUUUGGGUCAUUGCGAUAGGUUUAGCCAUGGCUGCUGGUGGCGCAUAUCUUGUCUACAAAUAUAGAUUGAGGUCAUAUAUGGAUUCAGAGAUCAGGGCUAUAAUGGCACAGUACAUGCCUCUCGAUAGCCAAGCCGAAGUCCCGAAUCAUGUCAGCGAGGAUCAUGCAUAGAGAGAGAGAGAGAGAGAGAGAGAGAGAGAGAGAGAGGCUAUGCACGCUUUAGUCUCUCGAAGGUUUCAGGCAACAAAAAGGAUUCGGUUUGAGCGGACUGCCCUUAAUUUGUCCAUUCACAUUUUAAACGUGAAUUGUGUCGCUGUAAAUGAUGAUGUGGCACAGAGUAAUGGGUCACGGGUCACAUAUUUUUAGCGAUUGGAUUAUUUCAGAGAGUGCUUCCUGAUCUUGUGCUAGAUUGGAAACGUUUCAUGUGGAAUGGGGUGUAUAUGACUUAGAGACAGUAGCUUCUAGGACUCUUAGUUUUCGUUAGAUUGUUUUUCUGAAUUACAUCGAGAAGAGCUCCCACAUUCUAUAUGUUUAAAGUGCUUCACUGUAUACUUUGUUUUAGGCAAACGAUUUCGUUCUUGCCUGAAAUGGAUGAUUCCUUUUCCUUGUUGCA